AUGCAUUUCGCACAAGCCUUAAUUGCUGCCUUCGCUGGCCUUGCGAUCGCACAUCCCACCGGUUUAGAGAAGAGGCAGUCUUUGCCACCCGUGCUCAGCGCGAAUGACGAGACUGUUCUCCAGCUCGCCCUUUACCUCGAGCAUCUCGAGUUCAAUUUGUACUCUGGUGGCAUCAACAAUUUCAACGAGCAACAAUAUGAAGCCGAAGGCUUCCCGCCAGGCUUCCGUGAUAAUGUUGCCUUGAUUGCUCAGCAUGAAGGAACCCAUAUCCAGACAAUCACCGCCAUCCUCGAAAAAGCUGGCAAGACACCAGUCCCAAGCUGCACAUACACAUUCCCAUACGACUCACCCACCUCCUUCGUCGACCUUGCCAACAUGGUCACCUCAACGGGCAUUGGCGCUUUCCUCGGUGCUGGGGAACUUCUGCAAGACAACGAUGCGCUCCUCACAGCUGCUACCAGCAUUCUGACGGUCGAAUCCCGUCAUGACGCCUUCCUGCGCGCCGGAGUCAAAGGCUCGCCCUUCCCAACAGCAUUCGACACAGCUUUGACCGCAGUCUUCGCCUACAACAUUGCUCAGAUGUUCAUCGUCGAAUGCCCACAACAGCUAUCGUUCCCUAUCCUUCCAAAACUCACAUUGGAAAGCCCGGCUCCAGAGCCCGACCUGAUGCCUCCUGUCGCUGCAGGCACAACACUCAAGUUUAGCUUUGACCCUAGCAAGUUCUUCGUUGCAGUCGACCCCAACGCGCCUCUAUAUAUCGGCAUCAUCAACAGUAUUACUAACGUGACGUAUGAGAAGGUCACUAGCUGUGGCACUGGCUGCGCAACAGUCCCCGUCCCUAAGGGCGCGGCAGGUGUUGCCUUUGCUAUCCUGACGACUUUUGAUGACAAGGCUGCGCUCACGGAGGACCAAUUGGCUCAGUUUGGCGCACUCGCUGGACCUGCUGAGAUUGUUUUGUCCUAG